AUGGUAACUGCAACUGACCUAGCGAUUGUCCACAAAUUUGACGUGUACCAUGCUUUGCGCACACAUCCCUAUCACCCCGGCCGCACAAUGCUAAAUUUACAAUUGAUUCUCAAUCAAUUGCACUCUAUUAUUCUCCCUCACAAAGAAUCCGAUACAUACGACCAUAGGGUGUGGAAAACAGGGCUUCCCGUCCGCUCAGCCGUACUUAAGCCACACGCCGGUGAGUUAGUAGUUGGGUGGGUGACCACCAGCGAAUCCUCACUGUUGUAUGUUUUUCUUUUUGCUGCUUUUUUUGUCCAGAAAGUCCCUACCGCUCUAUGGAUUUUAUACAAUACACUGUGCUAG